AUGCUUGCCAUUGGCACAACCGCUUCAUCGUUUGCCUUUCACUUUUUGGUGGACUAUGUCGCCUCUUGUUUUCCCCCAUCAUGUAUCUCAUCUACCGCGAGGCAGCGACAGUGUAGCGAAUCGAAAGGAUUGUUUGUUUGGCGAAAUUCGGUGCUUUCCUGCGUCCAUGCAUCUGUUACGGGAAUUGGCGCGCUGCUCGCAUUCUAUAUUCAUCCCGACUUGUCAAAGGAUUUGAUAUUUGCACAGUCUCCAUUUUCUCUAUCCUUAGUUGCCUACUCGCUUGGGUAUUUUAUCGCAGACUCGGUGCACAUGUUUUGGUGGUCACGGGAGCGUUCAACGUUUGAACUUCUUGUUCAUCACUUUGCGGUAAUGACCUGUUUCACCUCAGCUGUGGUAUCCGGGACCUAUAUAGGAUAUGCUGUUGUCGCGCUACUUGUGGAAAUAAAUUCAAUCUUUCUACACAUGCGACGGCUAUUGAAAUGCCUCGAGUUUCCGAAAGACAGUCUGUUUUCCCAGUUUGUGAACUAUGCCAAUCUAGGUACCUUCAUUGUGUUCCGCUUCCUGGUCCUAUGUUGGAUGACGCGCUGGCUGGUAUUGAACCGAGAUCAAAUCAGUUUACCUUAUUACUGUCUUGGAACUACGUGUUUGGCACUGAUCAUGUUCAUGAACAUCGUUCUAUUCAUGCGCCUUGUCCAGUCGGACGUACUGAGCAGGGAUUCGGCAGUUGGAGCAGCUACUUUGGUUGCUUCAACUCACGUGACUACUAAUUCGACCAGUGCUUUCAAACGGAAGACUGUCCAUCAGUCUCAUGAUUCCCAAUCGGUCUCAUUGUGUGCUUCUGAUUGA